GGCGGCAAACAGAGGAUAUUGGCAGAGGAUAUACUUAGAAAUGGCGUAAGGCCUCCAUCUGAGGUGUUCACCUUCCGUGAAGUUGCGAGUGCGACCGAGAAUUUCAAUCCCGAUUUGUUAGUCGGUGAAGGAGGGUUCGGGAGAGUCUAUAAGGGAUAUCUGAAGAAAACGAAUCAAGUCGUGGCCGUGAAGCAGCUGGAUAGAAAUGGAGUUCAAGGAAAUAGGGAAUUUCUGGCUGAGGUUCUUACAUUGAGCCUCGUUCAUCACCCGAAUCUUGUGAAUUUAAUCGGAUAUUGCGCGGAUGGUCGACAGAGGAUAUUGGUUUAUGAGUUCAUGCAGAAUGGAUCUUUAGAAGAUCAUCUUCUCGAUUUACCUCCAAACAAACAGCCCUUGGAUUGGUCAACAAGGAUGAAAAUAGCCCGAGGCGCGGCCCGUGGGCUUGAGUACUUACACGACAUGGCUAACCCGCCAAUCAUAUUCCGAGAUUUCAAGCCGUCCAAUAUACUAUUGGACGGCGAAUUCAACCCCAAGCUCUCGGAUUUCGGGCUCGCCAGGCUGGGCCCAACAGGCGAGCAAGACCAUGUUUCGACGAGGGUGAUGGGUACAUACGGCUAUUGCGCGCCUGAGUACGCCCAAACGGGAAAGCUCACGGCCAAAUCCGAUGUGUACAGUUUCGGUGUCGUUUUUCUCGAAAUUAUUUCCGGAAGACGGGCUAUCGACAGUACCAAGCCAACCGAGGAGGAGAAUCUUGUUUCUUGGGCGAAGCCGCUAUUCAAGGACAGGAACAAGUUCACGAUAAUGGCGGACCCAUUGCUCGAGGGGAAGUACCCGGUAAAGGGUCUCUAUCAAGCUCUAGCAGUCGCCGCCAUGUGUCUUCAAGAGGAAGCUGGAACGAGACCUCUAAUCGGGGAUGUUGUGACCGCGCUCGAGUAUUUAGCUGGGACUAUGGACGAGGUACACAGUGAAACAGAAAUG